CUGUUUUCUCCGGUCCCGCCUCCAUCUGUCAGCCUCUGCGCUUGAACGGCACUGUAUGACUGUUGAUGCACUGUAGGGAGAUACUACUCUUAACUUUAUGCCUGCAUGGACAGUUCCAAAAGAAAACAAAAGAAAAGGGAAAAGAAUAAAACAUUUCAGUUGACAAGCUCGUGGAAGGCGCUUGUGUAUUCACACUGCGUCUUCGUCGGUAUUUUCCCCCCACUUUUUCCAAGCCCUCUUUUUACAGUAUGAAGCGCAGUUAUGGCAAGGAGUAGCAAGUCAGUAGCAAGGACCCUGGAGGAUUUGACGCUAGACUCGGGUUAUGGUGGAGCCGCCGACUCCUUCAGGUCUUCCAGUGCGUCGCUGUGCUGCUCAGAGGCACAUGGAGGGAAUUACUGGCAUUUAACCGACUCGAUGCACAGUCGACACAACAGUCUGGACACUGUUAACACGGUCCUGGUCGAAGACGCCGAGAUCCUGGAGUGCACCGGGCAAUGCGCUAAACUACCCGAGCUUGAGGAUGUGCCGUGGAGCCUCGGGGAAGUGGCGAGCGCUCUGAGCAAGGACGAGGAGAUGAGCCUGCCGACACCACAGCAGGACGUCCUGCACAGGCUCUCGGUUCUGGUCAGCCGGGCCCUGGUCAGGGUCGCCAAGGAGGCGCAGCGCUUGAGUUUGCGCUACGCCAAAUGUACCAAAUAUGAGAUCCAAAGUGCCAUAAAGAUGGUCCUGGCGUGGACCGUGUCGAUGAACUGCAUCAGCGGGGCCCUCAGUGCAUUGUCACUGUACAAUAUGAGCACAGAGGACGACAAGUUCACCCGCGGCAAGUCGGCGCGAUGCGGACUCAUCUUUAACGUGGGGAAGUUCUUCAGGUGGAUGGUCGAUAGCAGGGUAGCAGUCAGGAUCCAUGAGCACGCGGCGAUCUACCUGGCCGCGUGCAUGGAAAACCUCUUCCGCGAUGUGUACGCGCGGGUGCUGCGCAGUGCGCUGCUGGAGCGGGAUAACGGGAUCCCCAAGUUUACUGUGGAGAUCCUGGAGCAGGCCGUUAACAGUGAUGCAGAGAUAUGGGGCUCUUUGCAACCCUGGCAACACCUGAUCUGCGGGAAGAAUGCAAAUGGUAAGUUAAGGAUAAAGCAGGUCAAUUUAACAAGAACCCCCUCUCCAAUUUGCAUUCAUACAUGUACACAUUUUAAAUUAUGCCACUUGCAGAGUUACUUCUCACUCCCCACAGCAGGUUUUAAAAUCAAUAACAGACUGCACAAAUGUCAGAACAUUGAAGAUUUAUAUAGAUAAGUAGGCUGCAUUCUCUCAGUUUCACUUUCUGCACGAUUCCUGCAGCUCCUGCCUCCUCAAAGAACUGUGAAACUUUAAGUGACAGGAGGAAGGGAUUCCUGCAGCUAGAAUAGUGCUUUUCAAGAGUACUGGCGCUGCAAGCAAUUGAACACUGACCAGUUGGUCUUCGUGUGAAACUGUGAUCUCCUUUUGUCCAGAUUGCCUCGUUUGUCCUCUGUGCAAAGUUAGACUGGAGCUGCUGUUCUCUCAUAUACUUCUCAUACUGUAUGUGGCUGUUUUGUUCAAAAUGGGUGAGCACAGCAUCCCUGGGUUGAGUUAUUCACUCUUUCAGUAAAGGGGGCUCUGCCUGCAGUGAUGCUAUGCAGAGAUGAGUUUCUGUUCUUUUCACCCAGAGCGAGGAUUUUUAUUUUCUGGGUAUAGCAGCUGAUUCUAUUACAGAGUACCCAGACUUUUCAAGUGUUAAUAAUACUUUUUGUCUGGUGUCUUUGAAAAUAUCUGAAUUCAAAGGACAAGUCUAAUAGUAUUCUGACUUCACUGCCUUUUAACCAUCAAUACAUCCGUAACCACUCUAAGACAUUCUUGCCCCUGUUUUGAUGGAUGUUGUAAAAGCGCUGCUGUGACUCCUCUUGCAACAGGUUUACAUAAUAAAAAAGGCCCUGGGGACGUAUGUGCUGUUGUGCAUUAUGCAGAGUGAUGCAAAUAAAACUGAGUUAUAGAAAGAGAGGGAGAAUGAGAGACAGAGAGACAAAGUUAGAAAGACUGUGACUGUAUUGAUGAAUCACCCACAGAAGAGAAUAGUACUUCAUUUUUACUGUGCCUUUUGUUUUAAGUGCAUGUCAGUUGGUUUGCAAUUUUCUUGCUUAUUUGUUCACAGUGGUACAGGAUUGUAGUUAUUUAGUGAGACUCGUUUAGAGACAGGUGACAAAUUACUAGAAAAACAAAGUACCUUAGUAUGGUGUAAGGCCACCAUGUGCCACAAGAACAGCUGUACCUGGUUCUCCAGUUUUCUUGGAACUCUGCUUUAGGACUGAAACAUCAUUCUUCCAGCAUUCCUUAAUUUGGUAAUUUGAUUAUCUAACUUGUUUAGAAUCUUCCAUAAAUGUUCAAUUGUAUGGUUAUGAGGUGACUGCAAAGGCCAUAGCAAACAACCCACAUUUUCAUACUCAUCAAACCAUUUGAUGACCCUAUGUGAUCUAUGGAUGGGGCGCUAUCAUCCUGGAAAAGAGCGCUCACCUUAAAGAUAAUUUUCGGUGUAGGGGUCAAGCGUUCAGGCCUGCCACAAACGCUCUCACUCACUUGUCAAGAACACAAUGAAAAUAAUUCAUCUGGAUGUAGCCACAUCUCUGUAGACCAGUGCCUAAGCUUUUUUUUGCACCACUGAACUGUCAAAUGUGCAUUCAUCUUUGUAAUGAGGGGUUUAUACACUGCAACCCAUCUAAUAUCCCUCUCUAUGUAAUUGUCAGGGCUGUUCUUGCUGACAGUCUGAUCACGUCCUGCAAACAUAUUCUCAGUCACCUGAGGAACAGAUCUUCUGCUUUCAUUCUGCUACACAUCACACUCACGAAAGCAUCAUGUUUAUCACAUAUGUUCUAUGUUCAACACUGAUUACUGAUGUAUUUCUGAUAGUUGUAAUGCAGACUGAAUUUCUUAAUGAAACUCUACUCAGUUGGAUAUUCUUUGUGACUCCUGCCAUCUGUGCCCCCUCUUUAAGUCCCUUAGUUUUUUUUCUUAUGCUAUCUUGACACAGAAUCAGAAUCACUUGAGCAUGCUCAGCAGUUUUAUACAUGCUACAUUGCAUGAUUGGAUGAUAAUUGUUUAAUUGUACCAUGUAGUGCACCUGUGUGGAAGCAUCUGCAUUUUUGCUGUGUUUAUCUACUCAUUUAUAAAAGCUUUUUUGCAUAGCAUGUGCAUUUAUUUGUAGUGAUUGCAACACACACUGAAUCUACACAUGCAACAAUGCCAGAAUCGCCACAUACAAUUAAAAGUAGUACAAUAGAACGUCAGAGCUUAGAGUAUGAAGACACAAUGCACAGUACUAAAUAUCAGGAUUCACUCAGAAGGCACACUCAGGCCACUUGGCAUGCAAAUAAAAUAUCUUGAGCAUAUGGAAUAUUGACAUAAAGCUCAAGGCUAGGAAAAUAACGUAGUGAAUGAAAUCAUGCAAUACCGUGUAAUAUAGCAUUUUCUUAAAGGGUUAGGUAGUAAUUAUUGAACCACUAGCAUAAAAAUAAACAUCAAAACACUAAAAAUCAAUAUUUUAGAUAUGAAUGUUUGAAAAGGUUUACAGCUUUACAGAGCUUAUUGGUUCACCUAUCUGUAUUAGUGCAUUUUUUGUCAGUUUUCAAAUACUUUUAGCCUAGCACCUCAGCAGAUACAUGUUAGUGGCAAGCUAAUGAACACAGUGAAUCAUUUAACAGCUACACAGAGGAAAAAACAAUCUAUAGCUUAAUGAAUCUUUAGAGGCAAAAGCAGUCUUAAAAGGAAAGUAAGAGUAGACCUACAAUGAGGAGGUGGCAGGAAAUUUGACUCCAAAAUGAAGACAUAUUUCUGUAUCUACAUGACAGGAACUUGCUAGCAAACAGUUGCCUAAGAGGUGAUAAUAUAACAGAGUUCAAAAGCUCAUCCCUUACCACAUUUUCUGUUCUAAUGGCAAGAUCUCUAAACCUUAAAGCACCCUACAGAGACAGAGAAAGCUGAAACACAACAUCAUUUGUUUUCUUCCUACUAAAACCAAACAGCCAUCCAGUCUGAGGGUGGUUUGACCUUACCAGAGUCGCUGCCUGCCAAACUGAACUUCUAUAUCGCUCUAUCCAUUCUCUCUGUCUUACUCAGCCAAGUGGGAGUAAUUUAGGUGAUUUAUCCAUAUUAUGCUAAAGCUAGUGACCCAGCUUUGUGAAGAGGACUUUAUGAAUAUCUUGAGCCAAAGCUUAUUUCUGUUUCUUUGUUGUCACAAAUUCAAUAAGGUGUUUUUCUUUUUUUAAGAUUUAGGUUCAAAUACCUUAAUGAUUUGCAAAGUCAUUUUUAGAAGGGGGCUUCAGUUUCCCAGCAGCUUAUAAAAGCUACACAGUUUGCUUUCUUGCAGCCAGAUAUAUUAAAGGCCUGCUUGACAUCUAUAUAGUCAGUUUUAAACUUU